AUGUGGGGGAUAUCGUAUUGGUUCCUCCCGCUGUUCUCAUCGCUAGUAUGGCUCGCAAUGCUCCUAGGAUUGCUGCUGGUAUGGGUGAGAGAUGGAAAACCGAUCUAUGAGACCAUGGAACACGGCCAGAGAAUCGCAUAUAUCUCGGAUGUGGGCGCCACCGACAUCAAGCCGCUCUUCAUCGCCAUGGCCGCCGUCUCCGUCGUCUCCUUCGACAUUGCGCUGAUCGCGGAACGCUGGCUUCGCCAUUCCGGCCGAUUGAAGCGCAACACGUCCCUUUGGCAGAAGCUCUGGUCGAAUCUGUGCAUUCUGUUUGCGAUUGUCGGAGCUGCGGGGAUCAUCCUGCUCUCAAUCUUUGAUACCUUUCAUCACCACAGGCUGCACCAAAUAUUCCUUGGGCUGUUCAUUGCUGGAUACGUCGUCUCAGCCAUCUUCGCGUGCGUGGAGUAUCAGCGCCUCGGCACCCACUACGCGCAUCUUUCGAUUCUCCGCAUCUCAUUCUGGCUUAAGCUAUUUUUCAUCGUCACAGAAGUGGCGCUGGCCAUCGCAUUCGGCGCCCUCCAAAGAGUAGACAACUGGAACGCCGCGGCCGUCCUCGAGUGGGUGAUCGCCCUCAUCUUCACCUUCUACCUCCUGUCGUUCUUCGUCGACUUCAUCCCCGCCAUGCACACCAAGCAUCACCAGUCGCGAGAGACGAGCAUCGCGAUGGCGGAGGCGGGGGAGGGGAGGAAUGGACAGGCGAAUGGAUAUGCCAAAGGGGACCAAGGCCGGUUCACGUACGGUAACAAGAAGUCUAAGGGUCGACGGUGGUUCGGCCGUCGCUGA